AUGCAGCAUUCAAUAGAAGACAAAUACUGUUUGAACAAGCUGAAACGUAUACUUGCAGUUGUUCUGGGGGAACGCGGCGAUGUCAAUGUCACUCAGUAUCAAGUGAUUGCUGACGCUCUUACUACAGAAAACGAGCAGUAUUGUCGCAUCAAGUUCACUUCACUUGAGUAUGACAGCUCAAAUGGAAGCUCCAUGUACUCCAGCCUCAAGAACGCAAGACAGACGUUUGAAGACACACAUAUAGCUGUAGCAAUUGGACCACAAAUUGAUGUUUUUACAUCAACCGAAUAUGUCAUUCUUCAUCAAAUUCAUUUCGUGACAUCUUUGGGACUUAUUAACGAGGAAAGUGCAAGAGCUUUGCCUAUCUUGCCGGAUCAGAAAUCACUGUCCAAAGCAAUUGCGAGUAUUGUCAGCUAUCUAGAAUGGAACAAGGUUGCAUUUUUAUCACAAGAAGAUUUCUCACCUGUCAUUGCUUUGGGUGGGAAAAAGGUAUUCGUGUCCCCGAUUCGAUUGCCUACAGACAUCCGGUCAGCGAAGAAUCCCCAACUUACACAGACGCUGACAACGCUGAGAGAAUCGCAAAUGGAUAAAUUUAUCCUGCAUUCUAUGAAGCGGGAUGUAGUGAAAUACGUACUUCUAGCGGCGCAAGAUUUGCAUCUUCUUCACCAUUCCAUUCGGUGGCUUAUAACAUACUUGGACUUUGAAGAUGUAUCAAAGGAAAUCAUAGGAAUGGCAAAGGUCUAUGGACUUCAGCUGUUUGAUAAUAGCUCAUUUCCACACAAAACCAACGCUUACAGUGGUUCAUUGGACAAUUAUAUUUGGCCAAAAUUAGGCAUGGACCAAUCAACAAAUGUCAGGAAUGACUACUCUAUUGAUUUGCUCAGAUAUACCGGCGAAAAUGAUCUGUUACGGUUAGCAGAGGUAUCUUUCCAGACAAAAAAAGACAUUCGGAUUUCGACCUUUGCUGCAAAAGAAGAGCCCAAAGUAACUGAGCCAUUCAAGGAUAAAUAUUUCACCGUCAUUGCAAAACUGGAUGAACCUUUUGUCAUGGUCAAAGGAACAGACAAACAUGGUGCCAAAAUAUACGAUGGUUUUUGUGUUGAUGUUCUGAAUGAGCUCUCUAAAGAAUUGAACAACUUCAAAUACGAAAUAAUUGAAGCGGAUGAGGACCGCCUUAAACAGCUAUCCUCCUCAGCUAGAGGAAUCAAGGCUGGAAAAUCGCUUACAAUCUGGGAUGACAUCACCAAUCAGCUUAUUAUUGGAAACGCGUCAAUGGCAAUCGGAGCUUUUGCAGUGACAGCUGAUAGAGAGUCUCAAAUCUCGUUCUCAUAUACUAUCAUUUCAUCUUCUGUAAGCUUGCUUCUGACACGCCCUCCCGAUAGCACAAACUACUUUCAGUUUCUUGGCCCGUUUUCAUGGCAGCUAUGGCUACUUAUAGUUGGAUUUGUUCUGACAGUUGGGCUAGGCCUUUUCGUUAUGGCUAAAUUUGAUUCCACUCUGAAUGGAUCCGAGAAUCAAAAGUUUGAGUUAAAAGAAAGCAUGUGGUAUACUCUAACAGUUCUUUUACAAGGAAGCUCAGAGUACGCCCCGCAAACCACAAGCAUGCGCACAAUAGUUGCCUUUUUCUGGUUUUGCACAUUGGUGAUCAAUGCUGCUUAUACAGCUAAUCUGGCGGCGUUCCUCACAUUACAGCAAAUAGACGAUCGUAUUAAGUCAGUAGACCAUCUUGCACGGCAGACGAAGGUCAAGUAUGGAGUUUUGAACAAUAGUGAUCUAAUGCAGUUCUUCGAAAAUUCAAGAGACGACCCUUACGAGAGAAUGUGGGCUUUUAUGAAACUUAACGAGGAUGUGUCUAUUCUGUCUGAAAGAAAGGUUGGUGUCAGCUUUGUGCUGGAGAAAGAUAAUUAUGCCUACAUAGACGAUGGUGUGAUUAAUGACUAUAGUGCGCAAAAAAACUGUAAACUCGAGUCAAUCCAACAAAACUUCGGUGUAAAGCAUUUUGGGAUGGGAUUUCCAAAGGGCGCCCCCUAUCUCGGCGACAUCAACCUUGCUUUACUGAAGCUCAAAGAACAUCGAAUUCUGGAUUCCCUUCGGGAGAAGUGGUGGUCUGCAGAAUCCAAUUGUUCGACCGAGGCAACUAAGACAAAAGUCAACACGGCUUCCGAACUUAAUAUAUCAAAUAUGUUCGGUGUAUUUAUUGUCCUUAUUGGCUUCACUGUUCUUGCAGUUCUCUAUGAAUUAUGCGUUGUUGUUUGGACAUUCAUCCGCAAGCAGCAAUCCAAAAAGAUGGUUAUCAUCAUUUAAUGUUGACAACACUUCAUAACUGCAUACUGCAAAUGUUCAUUAUAUUCAGCAAGUAAGUUAUCGAAAACUAAGCCCUUCAAUGCGUUUGAGCGGACUCGACGUAUCCAAAAUGUAUUUGAUCGUGUGAAUCGUCCGUUAAUGAGUUUAUUUGACUCGUUUGGAUGGGAAACAUAUAGAAUGUACAAAUCAUGGCUUGCACAAGAAAAAUAUCUUUCGCUUUAAAUAACAUUCUACCAUAGAAAAAGCUUGGAAACUUGACGACAUCUUGUUAAAGAACUUGAUUUUAGAAAUUGAACAUAUUGUUUUAAUGCACAAAAUACUUGUGAUUACGAAUUUUAUGUUUUUUUAUUGUUCUAAAUGUCACGAGGAACGUAACAUGCACCCUUUUUUUGUUUAGUGGAAACAGAGAAGAAAUUGAUUUUAUUUAUCUGAUGAAAACGAAAAAUGAUAUGACAUUGAAUAAAAUUGCAUUCGUUAUAUAUUUCUAAAUGCGAAAAGUAUAAAUAUAAAACUAUUCACAGCCGAUGCAUGUAUAACGCAACAUGUCUGUAUAUUGCA